GGCGCGGACGCUAUUCGCACGCCGUCGCCGCGCCACCGUAUACGUCGGCGUACCGUAUUUUUAUUGUGCGCGCCCGCCCGUCGUCAUCGAUCGCCGCUGCAGCCGACCCGCUGCCGCCACCGAUACCAUUUUCACCGGUCCCGCGAAAGCUGACCGUCGCGCGCGUACGUCAGUCUCAGUCAUCGCUGCGCCCAAUUAACUCGAGAACGCCACCCGACCGGUCGACCAUCGUACUCGACUCGCACUUUUCUCGGCCACCGUUUCGGGCCAAUCGCAUCCUCCGGCGGGUCGCGCCCCCCCCCCCUUUCCGAGUACAGCCGCGUUCCGUUUCGCCGACCUAGGUACCCCGGAACCGCGCGGUCGCCACCAUGGUCAAGCACAACACGGACACGAACGGCAUCGGGUACGAAUGGGAAUACGCCAAGGUGAAGGAUGACCGGACGAUAUGGCAAAAGAUCAUCAUGGGCAUAUACAACCCGAGCUCGCACGAGUUUCUCGGCCGGUCCGCCAAGAGUUGGGGAGGAAUUCUGCUCUUCUAUGCCGUGUUUUAUUCAAGUUUGGCAUGUAUGUUCGGCAUCUGUAUGAAAGUGCUUCUAUCUACGUUGAACGACAAUACGCCUCAUUUCACAUUGAGCAGCUCGUUAAUUGGCACAAACCCUGGACUAGGAUUUCGACCCAUGUCCCCGAACGUUGAAGAUGGAUCACUAAUUUACUACGCCGCGGAUAACGCGACUAAUGUAGAGGCGUGGACUACUGAAUUAGACAAGUUCCUGGCUGUGUACAAGAACAAGACAUUGUUGCCAGACAAAGGUAAUAACCAACAGAAGUGUGGAUACAAUAUGCCACCACAAAAGGACAAGGUUUGCGAGGUCAGCCUGGCCAACAUGGGACCAUGCGCAACCGAAUACAAAUAUCAAUAUCAUAAAGCUCAGCCCUGCGUUUUCAUUAAGCUCAAUAAGAUUUUCGACUGGGAACCAGAAUUCUACAACAACAAGACAGACAUUCCAGCUGACAUGCCACACGAACUUAAAGAAACAAUUGCACAAAGAAUGAAACAUGAGUUAUUCACAAUAUGGGUUACCUGUGACGGAGAAGCGCCAGCAGAUAAAGAUAAUAUUGGACCAGUAAAGUUAUAUCCACAAGACGGAUUCCCCGGCUACUACUACCCGUACAGAAACAAGCAUGACUAUCUUAGCCCCUUAAUCGCCAUACAUUUCCUAAAUCCAAAAAGACACACUUUGAUCAAUGUGGAAUGCCGUGCCUGGGCCAAGAACAUAUUUUACAAACGCAGCUUGCAAAACCGCGAAGGCUCCGUUCACUUUGAAUUGAUGAUCGACUAAAGUUGCAGACUCAUAUAGUCGACAAUUACGCCACUAAACCAUUCGCUUUGUUCUCAGUUUUUUGGUGCAUCACAAAACACAGAACAUAGCCAGUUUAUUUUUAGUACUAUAUCGUUGUAUUGUUAAUCGGUUUAAGUGAAAUCCCAACAAAACGCGUUUACUCCUUUUAUAAAAAAAAAUAAAUAAUAAUAAAGUUAGGUAUUUUUUUUUGUUUUUUUGGCUUAGGAAUGUUUCUUAAAGUUAAAAUACAUUUAUAUAUUAUAUAUUAAUAUUAAUAAAUAAAAUAAGAGCACAGCAAAAUUAAUACAUAUGAUUCAAGCUUUAAAAAAACGCUGUGUAAAUUCACAGUUAAUCGAUAUAUUGUAUUCAUCUGACGACUUCAAUGAUUAUCACUGCCUGACUUUUUUUUAUCAUAUCCCAUAUGUAAGUUUACCCAUAGGUAUUUUUACCGUGCGUUAUAUAGCUGGCUCGUUUAACUCAUUCGGCUUGUUUUGAUAAGCAAAUUCGGAUAUAAUCAAUGCAAGGUAGGCGAUCUAAUGAUAAGAUGUAGGAAAAUAUUCCAAUAAAAAGUAAAUAUUAUUAGAGACAAAUCCCAGAUUUUUCAUCUAAAUAAAUAAAAAAAUUAUAAUUAAUGAUGUAAUUUGAAUACUAUUCACACACCGUCGUCAGUCUCCAUAAAGUUUUCACUUUAAACGUAGCCAUCGCCAUAUGCGGACAUGAGGAUUUUUUGUUUUUUUUUUUAGUGGUCUAGCAUUACUCAAAUUUCAAAGUGAAGGGGCUCGCACCUCUAUUACUAUUAUAACAUAUGGUUCACGAAUGUACAUAUAGUUCCAUUGAGGCCUGGGGGGGAGGGGGGCUAUAGAGAUUUCUGGUGGGCUAGGCGCCCGGAAGCCCCCACAGCGAUGUUCUCCUCUGGCCACCGCGUUCAAAAUAUACAUAUACGAUCAUAUUUACGUGAUAUGGUUAUAAAAAAAGUUAACUGCAGUACAACGAUACCUAUCCAGUGGCGUCUUUUCCGGUGUUAUGAGACCGUGGCAAAAUGUUUAAAUGAUGAAAAACGUUUAUUUCUCCCGUGGUUUUUUUUAUUUUUAUUACAUAGGCAGGGGUAAUUUCUAUCAUCGGCUUCGAUCGCACCCAUUGGAUAUUUAUAAAAUUACUGUGCAAUGUAAAGGAUAUAAUACCUAUACGCAACCACCGCAUCAAACAAUAUUAAAUUGAAAAUUGCGUUUUUAAUAAACGAGUAAAAAAAAAAAUAAUUAAAUUUUACACACCUAUAACAUGUUAUUCUUGCGCGGACCAGCCAAUCCCAAAGAUCGGACCUGUAUAGGCCUUUAAAAAAAAUUAACCUGGUAAAAUCCACCACCACAUCCACUCAGAACGACGCGACAGUUGUAGGUACCUCAACCUUCCAGGCUCCUUGUCUAUAGGUAUUUUAUCUCUUGAUGUCGUCUCUCACCCGUCCCAUAUUCUCGCGCACAGUCGCGUGACAAUAAUAUAUUAUGAAACUCGCAGGUAUAUAGGUAACGCGCGUGUCACAUUUUAAGACGUUUUAAUGUUUUCGUGUCAGUGUAUUAAAUACAUAAUAAUAUUAUGCUUUUUUUCUCUCCCCUCCCGUAGUCGAUUGAAAAAGUCUUGAGCAAUACGCGACGACACAAUAAUAUUGUAAUAACGUUUUAUAAUUUGUGGUAUACAGGGUGAUCCAUUUAACGUAAGACACUUAUUAUACGAAAAGUAGACGGUCAAACGAUAAACCGUCUUCCGUUAAAUGGAUCACCCUGUAUAAUAUAUUAUUAUUUAUAUAUAAAUAUAUACAUAUACUUUUAUUUUAGAAUCGAUGAGAUUCGUCAAUCCAUUCAUCUCAUAUAUCUACAUCGAUACACAUUAAUAUUGUAAGCAGUGUUGGGUAAAUGGCUUUUUAAAAGUAAUUUCGUUACGGUAAAUUCGCAAUUUGCGUUACGCGUCGUGUAUAUUACGUACUGUAGGUAGGUUACCCAACACUGAUUAUGGGUUAGGUAGGUACUAUGGAACGGAAUAAUCGCAUUUGAGAAAAUUACUAAUUACCUAUAUAAUAUUAUUAUUUAUUUAUUCAUUAUUAUUAUUAUUUGUAAUAAUAUUAAUAAACAUUAUACAUAGGUACUUGCCUAUUUAAUCGUAAUAUGUUUUAAGCUAUCGUUGUAAUGUAAUAACCAAAUAUUUUAAUGUUGAUUCUCGUAAUUAUUAUACAUACAUUCGUACAUUAGAUUAAAGUAUACAAAUAUUAUAUAUUAUUAUAUUAAGGAAGUUAUUGAUUAUUUAAAAUUUUAACGUGUUGACGUAGCGAGCUAAGUAAAAUUGCAUAUUCUAGGGGAAUAUACCUAGCGUGUUUAAAAUCGUAUAGUGAUGUUACAUGUUUCGUUUUACGCAGUCAAGAGUAAUAUUAUAAUAUUAUGUAAUGUGUGUAGGUACCAAUUAUAUAAGUGUGUAACGUGUAUGUAAUAGUAGGUAGUGCGGGGGGCUGUGGUUGAUGAUUUUAUUAUAAUAAUAUUAUGUAUGUAAACGGAAUCAUAUAGAUUAUAGAACUCGUUAAUGUAGA